CAAAUAGGAAAUUAGCCACGUAGCAUGCAGCGUUUUGCACUUUCUCCUGCCUCGUUGUGCAGCAUACAAAGUUAUUUUAUAUCACGGGAAAUGAAGUAGCUUGAUGGGACUGAAGCUGUCGACAGCUCCGCUUCUGGAGAGGAUUCUUGUGAGGAGCAUGUUCUCCUUCAGCACAGUCGUCCGCAGACUCAGUUAACUUGUUUAGCCUGCACAGUCGGUUUUAUUAGCACAGUGUGCCAAGACUACAUGAUGCCAGAGGACAAAAACUGUAAGGUGCUGCAGCCAUCCAGGAGCUCUGACAAUAAGAAGAAGAAAACGCAGAAGAAGAGAAAGAAAGCCACUGUUUCCACCACUCCUCCAGAAAAUACAGAGAAACCUCAGGCUGUGUCUUUGCCCCCUGAGGCCUCGCUGGUGUCCGUGCUGCCCCUACAGAGUCCAGGUCAGCUUCAAACACAGCUGCCCAAGCUCAGAGCGACCAGUAAGAAGGACGGAGAACGGCUCGCUGGCAGUGGCCAGAGGAGCAAAAAACAUCCAAAGGGUUCACCGGACCUGCUGACAGUGACAAACAAAGCCAGUGGGGAGCUCAGCACCCAGGCCAGGGAGAGCCUGAGGUGGGAAGGAGUGCUGGAGGACCCCCAGGCUGAGGAGAAGAGGCUGGAGCUGUACAGGGCCAACAGGCGGCAGCGUUACAUCGCACACAGAGACGCUCUGUUAAAAGAAACUCAGGUUGCCUUGAGACAGACUUUUUCUUGAGAGAGCAAAGAGAAAAAGGCGUCAAUACUGCAUUUGAGCACAGACUGAAUUAAGAAGCCAGUGAGCACCUCGUGCUGUUAGUCAUCUCAGGCUUUAUUUGUUGACAGUUUAAAAUAGAUUUAGCCACAGAGUGACGAUCUUUGGGUGCCGGUAAGACAUUGGACCAAAGGGAAACUGAGCAUGUUGCCAAUUCAACGACCUUCAUUGCAUCAGACAGAAAUGCUUUUUCUAUCAGGUACAAAACUAACACAUACCCACAGUGUCACAACUGUUAGUGGGCGAGGACAGGACCUGCUCCUGGUCAGUGGGCCUGUUAAAAACUUAAUAGAGGAUUUGCACCAUUUAUCUUGUGCCUCUAAAUUAUGUAAUCUUUCAGGACUGAAACCCAAUCAGGAUAAUACCACUAAACCCCCCUGACAUCUGCGUGUCCACAGGUCGGUGAUGUGGAGGAGGGAUAAAUGGAUGGAGGACACAUGGCACUUUUUUUUAUUCCCACAACUGAGGAAUUUUAAAAAGCAUGUUAGCAGUUCUCUUAUCCCUUUCUUUUCUUUUUUCUUCAUUAAAAAAAAAAAUACCCAGAAAGCCAUUUUCCAGAGCAGUUGUGGAGUUGUUAAAUUAAAACUGUGUGUGACUAUAAAUAUAAUGCUAAUAUGCAGUCACACUGUCUAAUUUAAUGUGUUCGAAAGCUCAAAUUGUAAAGAAUAUUGUCUGACCUGCUGUACUGGUGAUCCAGUCAGGCUGUCUGGGGAUCCUCAAAAAGUCAUGUCACUGAAUAGUCUUAAAUUUCAGUUGUGAGACCACACAUAUUUUUUAUAUAGCCUAAUUUAAUUUACCCGUGUUUGAAUUUUUUUUGUCUUGAAACGAAUCAAGCUGUUGUGUGUGAAAGUCCACAUUUCUGAUGUAACAAAUCCUUAAACUCACCACUGAACUUAAUGUUGUUUUUUACGUUAUACCUUCAUUUAUCUGUUAGCAAAAUGUAGAUUAAUCUUACUUAGUUUAAUAACCAUUAAAACCUACCUCUGCACAGCACUACAUAUAUACUACUUACCUUUAUACCCAUCUGCAAUCCUUGAAUAAGAAAAGGCUUAAUUGUCCAAAAAUCAGUCUUAAAUUUGAUUCAAAAUAAGCUUGAAUAGAUCUUUAAAAAGCAUUUCAAGCAAUUCAAAUUACUGAUAACUGCUGACAUCCUGCUAAUGCUCCAAGUCCUGAAUUGAAGGAUACUUUAAAAAGAUACCUUUUAAAAAAGAUCUUAGAAACACUUCCUCUGUUGGACAGUGGGUGGCAGAAAAGUUGCAUCUUCCCUUAGUGAAUCAGACGCUCCACUACUAACAAGGCAAUGAGUGCAAAAACACACAGAUCUGUUGUGCCUGAGAUUUUUUAAUAUGCUUGAACAAAGUGAAAUACAAGACAAAAAAGUUCAAAUGACAAAUACAUCCCUGUUAUUUCUCCCUGGGCAUCAGGGUUCACUUUGCAUUGAUAACAAAGCAAGAGGACUGAUAUUCAGCAUUAUAACUCAGAGGCAGAGAACGUCUUAACUUGAAAUCCUCAGGAUAACAAAGCUGAUAUUUUCUGUCUUACCUCAAGAAUACAUAAUAUGCUAAAUUACUCACUGUAACAAUAUAAAGCUGUUCCUGGUAGAUACAUUAACAUUUUAAGCUGAUACUUGACAGUAUGAUGCUGUAAAUGCAGUUCUCAGAGAGAUGUGAGGUUGCAGGAAUAUCAGGACAGUCAGUGCUGCCUUCUGCCGAUGAGACGUGCAGAAAGAUGGAAAAUAUUUUACAAUUAGCUUCAAGAGUGGAAGUUUUUGUUUCAUCAUAAUUGUGUUGACAGAUCUGUAUAUGUCGAUGCAACCCAGCUGGUGGAAUAAAUGUUGGCAAACCACGGAUAUGUUACAUUUGUAAGUUAUUAUGUAGAGCAGUGCUUCCUAACUGGUGGGUCAUGGUCCAAAAGUGGGUCCAUUAAAAACACACUUUAUUUUGAAGUACAGUGAAUUUCCAGCACAGAGUUUUUAUUUUGAAAUGCUGUCUCUUGCUGUAGAGUGAGUUACUAACGGACAGCCACUUCACAGAGACAGCAAACUAGCUUGACCACAUGGCCAAACACAAGUAUGAUGCUGAAUGUGUUAAACUGUGUGGACCUUGAACUAAUGACUAAGGAGAAAUCUGGACCAGUUGGAAACCACUGAUGUAGAGGAUACGUUGAAACACUACAUUCUGUACAUUUCAACGACACCAUGGUUAAUGUGUGGUUAGUAUUAGGCACAAAAACCACUUGGUAAGGAAAAGAUCAUGUUUUGGCUUAAAAUAUUUGCUCUUGGUGGCACAAUCCUUACUGAAAAAACAGCGAUGUCUUGGUAAAAAAUUAUCGGUUUUUGUGCCUCUGUUGUCACUGUCCUGGCAGGAAACACAGCGAUGUCUUGGUAGAUAACAACCACUUUUCAUUGCACAGUACCAGGUGGAAACACAGUGACAGAUCACUCAAAAACACCCAUGUUUGGUGGCUAAGACGCAGCUGAAAAUGAAGCGAUGACUCUCUAAACUCUGCAUAAUUUUCACACCGUCCAUGGUUUGCAGAAAUGUAUAAUGCCAACAUCAUCUUCUGGCGACAGGACUACAUCAGGUAGCCUAAAAAUUUGCUCUGUUCACC